CACACAAGUUAAACACACAGCGUGGUACUGCCAGCACCCCGAAUGAACGUACACCCUCAGAGCAACUCCCUUUCAACCGCGUCGCCUUUUUCCCGCAAGGCUUCUUGCCAAGAAGGAUCUCCAAGCAACACACAGCUGGGUAACCCCCCAACGGAGGAGAGGCAAAAAAGGAAAAAAAAAAAAUGCACUGCACGAAACAGGCACAACGGGAGUUCUAGCGCUUAGCAAGGUUAAAAGAGAGAAGGGCUUCGCCAUUACGAAGAUUAGCGGCGAGACGAGGAAUAGCUACUUCGCGAACACCAGCCACCACCGCGCCACCCUCACCCCCGUGCAAGACCGUCAAAAUGGCAUGGAACAACAAACUGCUAAUUCGCGCAGAGCAGUGCGCCCUGAACAACCUGAGCAUAAUGGCGAAGAGAAACUUCGCAAGCGACAACCUGAGAUCCUUGUCGCUCCGAAUGAAGUCAAUCAAGUCCAUCCAGAAAAUCACGAAAGCAAUGAAAAUGGUUGCCGCGUCCAAAUUUAAAGGGGACCAAAGAAGGUUAGAAAAUUGCAAGCACUUCUCCACCCCACUAACUGAUAUAUUUAACAGAUUAAACAAGCAAGAAAUGCACCAAAAAAAUGAAGACCUUGCAAUCAUCGCCAUUUCAUCAGAUAAAGGACUGUGCGGUAGUGUCAAUUCUUCCGUCUCAAGAGUUUGCAAAAAAUUAUUAGAAAAUGAACAAGUGGAAAACGAACUUGUUAAUAACAUUACCCCCAGUAAAAUCUACUUCUACGGUAUAGGAGAGAAAAUCAGGUCAGCUUUAAAUAGAUUGCAUGCAGAUAAAUUUGAAGCCAUCUACAAUGAGUACAAUAAGAUUCCAAUAAAUUUCCUCACAUGUGCAUAUAUUGCCGAACGCAUAAUAAAAAAGAACCACAGCAACUUGCUGAUUGUUUAUAAUAAUUUCAAGUCAGCCAUAUCUUUUGAUACCAAAAUUUUAAGUGUUUUUUCGGAGAAGCAGCUUAAAAAAAUGAACAAAAAGGAGCUAGCCACUUUCGAGUUUGAGCCAGAACUUGAUCAUAUUUUUAAGGACAUCUACGAGUUCUACCUUACCUCCCUCAUUUAUAACUGCAUCAUAGAGAAUUUGGCCGCCGAGCAGUCCGCCCGAAUGACAGCCAUGGACAACGCCUCCUCGAGUGCCACCGACAUGCUAGACGCCCUUUCGCUGAAGUAUAACAGGGCGAGACAGUCUAAAAUUACGUUGGAGCUUAUCGAAAUUAUAUCCGGUGCGAACGCCUUGUAG